CUCGUCACGUGACCAUAUAUGUCAUUCUCAUGCACGCUUAAACAUCACUAGCGUGUCCUCUCUCUGUUAAACGAUAGAAAGAUAAACAUUACCAGGUGGUUUCAGGUGGAUAUUAUAAGGUACGUCAAAAUGAGACGUCUGGGCUCCGUUCAGCAGAAGAUACCGUGUGUGUUUGUGACGGAGGUGAAGGAAGAACAGUCCAGAAAACGAGACUAUCAGCAAUUUCAGGUGAUUGCCACUGAAAAUGUGAACCCCGUCGCCCUGGAGGCAAACAUUGAUUGUGCCCUCGCCACAGAAAAGCUAGAUGGCACUUGCUGUUAUGUUACAGUUUAUAAAGGGCAACCUUACCUCUGGGCUCGACUCGACAGGAAACCCAAUAAACAGGCGGAGAAGAGGUUCAAAAAGUAUCAGCACUCUCACAGGAGCUGUAAAGGUUUCACGUGGAAUGUAGAGGAAGAUUUUAAGACGGUUCCAGAGACGUGGAUCCCAGCUCACGGAGUCAAACACCACAACGGACAUCCAGUGCCUGAUGAGCAUGGACACAUUCCAGGCUGGGUCCCGGUCGAGAAGGACAACAAACAGUACUGCUGGCACUCCUCUGUGGUGGAUUAUGAGGUCGGGGCGGCUCUGGUUCUCAGGCCGAGCUCUGACGACGAAGGCGUACUACAAAUUGCUGCAGUCCCGCUGGCUGACCUUCUGGAACAAACACUGGAGCUCAUUGGAACCAACGUCAAUGGAAACCCUUAUGGAUUGGGGAGUAAGAAGCACCCUGUCCACUUCCUGGUGUCACACGGGAGUGUUCGAGUCAGAAACCCUCCACCAGUUGCCUUCCACCAGCUGUGCUCCUGGUUCCAGGAGAGUCCUGAGGGUCGAGUGGAGGGCAUCGUCUGGCACUGCAAUGACGGCACGCUCAUUAAGGUUCAUCGUCAUCACCUGGGACUGAGGUGGCCCAAUGGGGCGACGUGUCUCGGUGACAGGCGGGUGGUCAUUCAUGUUGAUGGGACAGUCGACGAGUACAACAACAGCAAAGACGUGUUCACGUCUCUCUCCAGACUAAAUGGACAGUGUUUCAGCCGACUGCAGGACGUCCAGUUUGACUCGUAAACACAGGUGGAGAAGAUCUAACGUUCCUUUUCUCAGGCAUGUGCUGUGACUCAAUAAGGAAUGAUCAUGUUGGUGAUAGCUGCCAGGUAUUUUCACCAGUAAUUCCAGUGUAUUACAACCAUGAAGGUACUUUGAUAUCUGCUUUGCAGAAACCUGUAUAUAAAAAGAAAAGUGGGAACUGA